AUGGAUCCUCACUCAGAUCCCCCAUUCUUCGCCCAAGAACACCUCCAAGACAACAAAAUCCACAUCCUACUCGCAGCAUCCGGCUCCGUCGCCACCAUCAAAAUCCCGAAUAUCGCAGAAGCUCUCGGUCGUCACCCAAAUGUCUCAAUUCGCAUCAUAGUCACCGACUCCGCGGAGCGAUUCCUGACGGCUCAAAGCGCCGAGCAACCGCUUCUCGAUAGCUUGCGCAAUACUCCCGGAGUUGAUGGAAUCUAUAGAGACAGUGAUGAAUGGGCAAGGCCUUGGGUUCGCGGAGCACCAAUUCUUCACAUUGAAUUGCGGAAAUGGGCACAUAUAUUACUAGUGGCGCCUUUGUCCGCUAAUACAAUGGCUAAGAUGACGGUGGGUAUGGCUGAUAAUCUCUUACUAUCGGUGCUACGGGCUUGGGACACCACCGGUCUGGUGGAUUUGGGGUUCAAGGCUAAAAAGCCAAUGGUCUUCCUGGCACCCGCGAUGAACACGGCCAUGUAUGUUCACCCGGUGACUGAGAAAUCACUGAAGAUACUACGGGAUGAAUGGGGUAGGAGUGAGUCCAAUCCUGAAGGUUGGGUUACUAUUCUUCCGCCCAUUGAGAAGUCUCUGGCCUGCGGAGACGCGGGUACGGGUGGAAUGAUGGACUGGAGAGAUAUUGUGAAUACAGUCCGAGAGUACCUGGAUCUCCCGGUGGUUGAUUCGUGA